UUCAAGGUUAGUCAUCAUUUCAUUUCACUAGCUACACUAAACCCUCAUUUUUAUUCUCUUAAACCCUAAUAAUUUGCAUUUUUAUCGCUAGAUUUCUUUGCAAUUGCAAUGUUAUGUGAACCCGAGAACUGGGUUUUGUUUAUUAUUGGAUUCUUGUAAAUGGGUUUUUCUCAGUUAAUUAAUUUAGUGGAGGCUUACUUGGAAUCAGUUUGUCUAAGGUGUUAACUUGUGUGUUGGAAGUUAAUGAAUUGGAAAUUUAAUGGGUUUGUUUCAGUUCUUGGUUGACUAUUGCUAUGUACUGUGUAACUCUUUUUGUUAGAAGGGUUAUGCAAAGUUCUAGUCUUUGUCGAUUUUCACGUUCUUUGUGCAACCGGAGUGGUGAUGGAGGGGGUAAUGGGUUUGGAAGUAGUGAGGAGUAUUUGGAUGUGAAUUUUGAUUGUUCAGAAUUUAUUCCUGGUUUGGAUGAAGAAACAGAUAGUCGGGGAUCGUUAGGUAGUGCAGGAACUAGUUGCAGCUAUGGAGAUUAUUCUCAAACAAAUUUUUCGAUGAGGAGGGGUUUUACUGAGAUGGCGAGAAGUGAUGCUGAUAGGGCCUUAAGUAUUCUUAGUCAAGAUGGUCCUGGUUUUGAUGCAAAAGGGGCUUUAGAUGAUAUGGAGGUAACGGUUUCGGGGCUCUUUGUGCGAUAUGUUCUUUUAGGGAUAUUGACGAAUAUUAACUAUGCUAAUAAAACCCGGUUUGCGAAAAUGGGUUAUAAGUUCUUUACUUGGUCUGGUAUCCAAGAAAACUAUGCACAUACAGUGAAUGCGUAUCAUCUGAUGAUGAAGAUUUUUGCAGAUUCUGAGGAAUAUAAAGCAAUGUGGAGAUUAGUGGAUGAAAUGAUUGAGAAAGGAUUACCGACUACUGCACGCACAUUUAACAUAGUAAUAUGUACCUGUGGUCAAGCAGGUUUAGCUAGAAAAACUGUAGAAAGAUUUAUUAAGUUAAAGACAUUUACGUAUAGGCCAUUUAAGCAUUCCUUUAAUGCAAUUUUGUACUCCCUUCUUACAGUGAAGCAGUACAAAUUGAUUGAGUGGGUGUACCAGCAGAUGUUGAUUGAAGGUCAUGAUCCUGAUACAAUGACUUACAAUGUUCUAAUGUUUGCGAAAUAUAGGCUCGGGAAGCUUGAUCAGUUCCACAGACUACUAGAUGAAAUGGGUAGGAAUGGAUAUUCUCCAGAUUCUCAUACAUUUAACAUCCUUCUUCAUGUUCUUGGAAAAGGUGACAAACCCCUAGCAGCACUUAAUCUAUUGAACCAUAUGAAGGAAGUAGGCAUUGAGGCAAGUGUUCUUCACUUCACCACAUUAAUAGAUGGACUGAGUAGAGCUGGAAAUUUGGAUGCGUGCAAAUAUUUUUUUGCUGAGAUGACUAAAUAUGGAUGUUCGCCAGAUGUGGUUUGUUACACUGUUAUUAUUACAGGGUUUAUUGUUGCAGGGGAGCUGGAGACAGCUCAGGAUUAUUUUACUGAGAUGAUUGUUAAAGGCCAGGUCCCAAAUGUCUUUACCUACAAUUCAAUGAUCCGUGGGCUUUGCAUGGCUGGGAAGUUUAAGGAAGCCCGUUUGAUGCUUGAAGAUAUGGAAUCCAGAGGGUGUGUUCCAAAUUUUACUGUGUAUAAUACCCUCAUAAGUUACCUGCGCAAUGCCGGAAAGAUGUUUGAAGCUAAUGAAGUUAUAAGAGUGAUGGUGGAAAAGGGGAGGUAUAUUGAUCUCAUAUCAAGGUUCAAGCGUUAUAGAAGAUGCUAAUGUGGCUAACUAUGCGGGAUUUUAGUGUAAAUUUGUAAGAGUUCUUACAGUUUUAGAUAUACCUGCCGCUUCUUUUUGUUCUGUGUAAGUUUAGUCAUGUAAUUGCUCACAAUCUUUCUUCCAUUUUCUCAGUUUCCUAUUUGUUAGCUUGCAUCCUUACCCCAUUUAUUUGCCUACAGGAAUACCUGGAAAAAGAAGCUUUUUUUGUAGAUCACUUUUGAAUUUCUUAAUAUACUUAGUUUUUGGUUGCCAUUGAUACCCUUUCUAUCUCUAUACCCAAAAAUCUCUGUGGUUAGUACAUUGUAAGGCCUAUAUUUUUGCACUUCACACUUAAUCAGCACAUUUUUUCUCUGA